AUGGCAGCAAAACUUCUCUUGGGCAUGCUUUUACUAGAAGCUUGCUUGUGCUUAGAUCUCCUUGGCGAUACAGAUGGCCCAUGGUCAAUUUUAGGCUACACUGGGUAUGCAGGAGAAGUGGUUAUCCAAUUUUCCCUCAAUAUGCAAUAUUUAAUUAAAAUUUCAAUAAAAAUUAAAUUUAUAGUAAAAUAUAUAUGAAUUAUGUAACAGGAUCCUCUCUUUUUUAUUGACUUUUCCAAGCAACCAAAGGCAAUAUUUUAACAGACAAAGCUCCAAUCAUACUAUGACUACAAGGAGGUCAAGGCUGCUCAGGCUCAACUGGUCUGCUUUUUGAAAAUGUCGGACCUUUCAACAUAAACAAUCAAACACAGCCUACCCCUAAUCCUUAUUCUUGGACUAACGAAUUUCACGUUAUUAUGGUCGACUACCCCUACGGAAGUGGCUUUUCCUUCGCGAACGCUGUUUAUGAUAUGAAAAACUCUACAAUCCAAGCCUCAGCCUACCUCUACAACCUUCUCAUAAAGCUAAAUAACAAAUACCCAACCUGGUUCAACCGAGACCUCUAUAUUUUUGGUGACAGCUACGCUGGGCAUUGGGUCCCUGGAAUUGCUUAUACAAUCCUCAUGAACAACCUUUCUCCAAACGCCCAAUUUGUGUUUUCCUUAAAAGGUAUCGGAAUUGGCGACCCUUUUAUGGAUGGCGGCACACAAACUCAGCAUUAUGACGAAUAUGGCUUCAGCACAGGCUUAUUAGACUUAGAAGAAAUGGGGAUUAUCCAGCAAAUGCAAGCACAAAUUAUUAGUGAUUUAAAUGCUGGGGAGCUGGUGACCGCAAAUAACGACCAAAUGAAUUUACUCGGAGCGAUUUCUAAUUAUGCAGGGGGCGCUGAUAUUUAUAAUAUAAGAUAUUAUUAUGACAGCUAUGACCUAGGCCAGCUUCCUAAUUGGAUGAAUUUAAACUCCACAAAAUUGAUGCUAAAUGCACCUUUAGAUAUUUUUUGGCAGAGCUGCAACCCAGAAAUAGGCUAUUCCUGGGGACAAGACAUGAUGACUUCUAUGAAGCCUUAUUUAUCAUAUAUAGUCCAAAAUAUUAAAGUAAUUGUAUGGAAUUCCCAAGACGAUUAUAUUGUGAACUCCCUUGGGACUCAAGAUUUCCUUUCUCAGCUUAACUGGCAAUAUACGCAUCAAUUUGUGAACGCCCACAGGCAAACAUGAAGUGUCAAUGGAAAAAUUGCUGGGUAUGUGAGGGCUUAUAAUAAUUUAAGCUUUGUGCUAGUGCUGAGAGCUGGGCAUUUGAUGCCUCAUGAUCAGCCUCAAUGUGCGCAGGAUUUAGUUUAUAGAUUUAUUAAUAAUGAAGGUUGGAAGUAA